AUGGAAUUGGGCAGGCAACUGUUGGUAAAGAUGAGGAAGAGGCGGAAGGGCGAGUUCACCUCAGUUCCUGUAAUAGUGCAGGGCCUCGAGAUCCACUUCUACCUGGAAGACUCUCACCAGCUGGAGUUUCUCCGGGGUUGUUACACUGCUGAGGAGCUGUGCACAGAGGCAGCCAAGAAGUGCGGUGAGUCUGAGUCACGUUAGUGUUGGCACAUACACUGAGUGAACAGAACAUUAGGAACACCUGCUCUUUACAUGCCAUAGACUGACCAGGUGAAUUCAGGUGAAAGCUAUGAUCCCUUAUUGAUGUCACUUGUUAAAUCCGCUGUUCUGAGGGCAACAUUGGGGGUGCAACUCAAUAUUAGGAAGGUGUUCCUAAUGUUUGGUAUACUCAGUGUAUGUCCCCCGUCUCUGUUCACUCUUUCUCUUUCUCUCUCUCUCUCUCGUUCUCUCUCUGUCUCUCUCACACACACACAAACGUGCGCACACACACACACACUCUUAGUUGGUGCCCCAUCUCGGUUUGUUCUCCUCUGUUUGUAUCCUUCAUUUCUGAGCAGAACAUUCAGCAGGAUAUUUUCACAGACCGUGUUCUCGAGAAAUUCCAAGAGUCUUCCUUCUCCCCCCUGACUGAUUUGAAUGUUUGUCAUGGAUCAUGAAUAUGACAUUAUGUCAAAUAGCACCUGGCUGGUUCUUGUUGAGGGUUGAGGGAAAUCAUGUCUCUCUCUUUUUAGGCAUUUCCCCUCUUUGCUUCAAUUUGUUUGCCCUGUAUGACGAGGUCAGGAAAACCUGGUUCCCUCCUAAUCACACCUUCAAUGAAAGCACCCGCUUAAAGCUCCACUAUCGCAUGAGGUAAGCAUUAGGAUAUGUUACUCCUCAAUUCUGUCACAAAUAUUGAAGGAACAAAACAGAGGGAACCAUUUUAGGAUGCAGCAGCUAUUUGGUCUGCAAAUUCAACAAACUUGUUGAGUUAAAUUUUUUUUAUUUCAUACAAAACCUUCAUACCGACAGUGAAAUACCUUAAAGAUAACCCUCAUCUCUUUAUCCAGGUUCUACUUCACCAACUGGCAUGGUGCGAAUGAAAGUGUGCCACGUGUUUGCAGACACGCCCUCGAGAGAAAGAACAGAAAUGGGCCGAAGACCGAACCAGGGGGUAGUCCGCUCCUCGACGCUGCCUCACUGAAGUAUCUGUUUGCCCAGGUAUCCUUCCGCACUCAAAUAUAUUGUCACACAAUUUAGAACAGUUACAGUUGAAGUCGGAAGUUUACAUACACUUAGGUUGGAGUCAUUAAAACUCGUUUUUCAACCACUCCACAAAUGUCUUGUUAACAAACUAUAGUUUUGGCAAGUCGGUUAGGACAUCUACUUUGUGCAUGACACAAGUCAUUUUUCCAACAAUUGUUUACAGACAGAUUAUUUCACUUAUAAUUCACUGUAUCACAAUUCCAGUGGGUCAGAAGUUUACAUACACUAAGUUGACUGUGCCUUUAAACAGCUUGGAAAAUUCCAGAAAAUGAUAUCAUGGCGUUAGAAGCUUCUGAUAGGCUAAUUGACAUCAUUUGAGUCAAUUGGAGGUGUACCUGUGGAUGUAUUUCAAGGCCUACCUUCAAACUCAGUGCCUCUUUGCUUGACAUCAUGGGAAAAUCAAAAGAAAUCAGCCAAGACCUCAGAAAAGAAAUUGUAGACCUCCACAAGUCUGGUUCAUCCUUGGGAGACAUUUCCAAACGCCUGAAGGUACCACGUUCAUCUGUACAAACAAUAGUACGCAAGUAUAAACACCAUGGGCCCACACAGCCGUCAUACCGCUCAGGAAGGAGACGCAUUCUGUCUCCUAGAGAUGAACGUACUUUGGUGCGAAAAGUGUAAAUCAAUCCCAGAACAACAGCAAAGGACCUUGUGAAGAUGCUGAAGGAAACGGGUACAAAAGUAUCUAUAUCCACAUUAAAACAAGUCUUAAUAAUAUGCCAUUUAGCAGAUGCUUUUAUCCAAAGCGACUUACAGUAAUGUGUGCAUACAUUUUUACGUAUGGGUGGUCCCGGGGAUCGAACCCACUACCCUGGCGUUACAAGCGCCGUGCUCUACCAAUUGAGCUACAGAGGACUACAGGUCUUAUAUCGACAUAACCUUAAAGGCCGCUCAGCAAGGAAGAAGCAAUUGCUCCAAAACCGCCAUAAAAAAGCCAGACUACGGUUUGCAACUGCACAUGGGGACAAAGAUCGUACUUUUUGGAGAAAUGUCCUCUGGUCUGAUGAAACAAAAAUAGAAUUGUUUGGCCAUAAUGACCAUCAUUAUGUUUGGAGGAAAAAGGGGGUGCUUGCAAGCCGAAGAACACCAUCCCAACCGUGAAGCACGGGGGUGGCAGUAUCAUGCUGUAGGGGUGCUUUGCUGCAGGAGGGACUGGUGCACUUCACAAAAUAGAUGGCAUCAUGAGGAAGGAAAAUGAUGUGGAUAUAUUGAAGCAACAUCUCAAGACAUCAGUCAGGAAGUUAAAGCUUGGUCGCGAAUGGGUCUUCCAAAUGGACAAUGACCCCAAGCAUACUUCCAGAGUUGUGGCAAAAUGGCUUAAGGACAACAAAGUCAAGGUAUUGGAGUGGCCAUCACAAAGCCCUGACCUCAAUCCUAUAGAAAAUGUGUGGGCAGAAUUGAAAGAGCAAGGAGGCCUACAAACCUGACUCAGUUACACCAGCUUUGUCAGGAGGAAUGGGCCAAAUUUCACCCAACUUAUUGUGGGAAGCUUGUGGAAGGCUACCCGAAACGUUUGACCCAAGUUAAACAAUUUAAAGGCAAUGAUACCAAAUACUAAUUGACUGUAUGUAAACUUCUGACCCACUGGGAAUGUGAUGAAAGAAAUAAAAGCUGAAAGAAAUAAUUAUCUCUACUAUUAUUCUUACAUUUCACAUUCUUAAAAUAAAGUGGUGAUCCUAACUGACCUAAGACAGGGAAUUUUUACUAGGAUUAAAUGUCAAGAAUUGUGAAAAACUGAGUUUAAAUGUAUUUGGCUAAGGUGUAUGUAAACUUCCGACUUCAACUGUACAGUCGUGGUCAAAAGUAUUGGUCUUCACAAAGUUUGCUGCUUCAGUGUUUUUAAAUAUUUUUGUCAGAUAUUACUAUGGUAUACUGAAGUAUAAUUACAAGCAUUCCAUAAGUGUCAAAGGCUUUUAUUUACAAUUACAUUAAGUUUAUGCAAAGAGUCAAUAUUUUGCAGUGUUGACCCUUCUUUUUCAAGACCUCUGCAAUCCACCUGGCAUGCUGUCAAUUAACUUCUCGGCCACAUCCUGACUGAUGGCAGCCCAUUCUUGCAUAAACAAUGCUUGGAGUUUGUCAGAAUUUAUGGGUUUUUGUUUGUCGACCCGCCUCUUGAGGAUUGACCACAAAUUCUCAAUGGAAUUAAGGUCUGGGGAGUUUCCUGGCCAUGGACACACAAUUUCGAUGUUUUGUUCCCCGAGCUACUUAGUUAUCACUUUUGCCUUAUGGCAAGGUGCUCCAUCAUGCUGGAAAAGGCAUUGUUCAUCACCAAACUGUUCUUGGAUGGUUGGGAGAAGUUGCUCUCGGAGGAUGUGUUGGUACCAUUCUUUAUUCAUGGCUGUGUUCUUAGGCAAAAUUGUGAGUGAGCCCACUCCCUUGGCUGAGAAGCAACCCCACACAUGAAUGGUCUCAGGAUGCUUUACUGUUGCCAUGACACAGGACUGAUGGUAGCGCUCAUCUUGUCUUCUCCGGACAAGCUUUUUUCCAGAUGCCCCAAACAAUCGGAAAGGGGAUUCAUCAGAGAAAAUGACUUUACCCCAGUCCUCAGCAGUCCAAUCCCUGUACCUUUUGCAGAAUAUCAGUCUGUCCCUGAUGUUUUUCCUGGAGAAAAGUGGCUUCCUCGCUGCCCUUCUUGACACCAGGCCAUCCUCCAAAAGUAUUCGCCUCACUGUGCAUGCAGAUGCACUCACACCUGCCUGCUGCCAUUCCUGAGCAAGCUCUGCACUGGUGGUGCCCUGAUCCCACAGCUGAAUCAACUUUAGGAGACGAUCCUGGCACUUGCUGGACUUUCUUUGGCGCCCUGAAGCCUUCUUCACAACAAUUGAACCUCUCUCCUUGAAGUUCUUGAUGAUCCGAUAAAUGGUUGAUUUAGGUGCAAUCUUACUAGCAGCAAUAUCCUUGCCUGUGAAGCCCUUUUUGUGCAAAGCAAUGAUGACGGCACGUGUUUCCUUGCAGGUAACCAUGGUUAACAGAGGAAGAACAAUGAUUUCAAGCACCUAAAGCUUCCAGUCUGUUAUUCUAACUCAGUCAGCAUGACAGAGUGAUCUCCAGCCUUGUCCUCGUCAACACUCUCACCUGUGUUAACGAGAGAAUCACUGACAUGAUGUCAGCUGGUCCUUUUGUGGCAGGGCUGAAAUGCAGUGGAAAUGUUUUUUUGGGGAUUAAGUUCAUUUUCGUUGCAAAGAGGGACUUUGCAAUUAAUUGCAAUUCAUCUGAUCACUCUUCAUAACAUUCUGGAGUAUAUGCAAAUUGCCAUCAUAAGGCAGCAGACUUUGUGAAAAUUAAUAUUUGUGUCAUUCUGAAAACUUUUGAUCACGACUGUAUAUACUCAAAUGGAGAGCUCUAGCAUACACAAUCAUAUAUCUUGAAUCAGGUGUUUGUGCGUUUGAUUUUCCCAGGGUCAGCAUGACUUCUUGAAGGGGCAGGCCGCACUGCGUAGCCCUGAGAAUGAAGAGGAGGUCCACUAUAUUGAGAAUGAGUGCCUGGGGAUGGCAGUGUUGUCUAUAGCACACCAUGCCCUGGACAACAACAUCGUCAUCCCCGGUGUAGCUGGUCAGAUCAGGUAACAAUCCCAGAGGCUCAAAAUUAAACCGUUUAUUACUGUCGGUUUACCAUCUUUCUUAAUACCCAUCCAUUUACGCUCAUGCACACACACUCUCUCACACACACACACCCACACCACACACACACACACCACACACACACACACACACACACACCCACACCACACACACACACACACACACACACACACACCCACACCACACCCACACCACACACACACACACACACACACACACACACACACACACACACACACCACACACACACACACACACACACACACACACACACACACACACACACUCCCGACUCACACACGACUCUCCUUCCAUCCCACCCAGCUAUAAGAAAUUUAUCCCAGAUAGCGUGAACCAAAUCAUCAAGCAGCGCAACGUCCUGACACGACUCCGUAUCUCCCGGGUGUUCCAGAACUUCCUCAACGAGUUCAACAACAAGACAGUGCAGAGCAACAACGUCAACACCCACGACAUCAAGGUCAAAUACCUAGCUACGCUGGAAACGCUGACCUGUGGGUUCGGCUGUGAGGUGUGUAGCAAGACGAAUGCUCCGUGUAAUCGUGUUUGCAGUCACACUCUCAGAAAAAAAAGAAUUGCACUGGGCCAAAGACCGAACCAGGUGGUACUCCGAAAAGUCGGUCUAAGGUCUGUGUAAAGAAGUUCCUGAAGCUAACAAAAUGGUGUCCUGUCUCAUUAUCAAUACAAGGAGCACGAGCCUAAAGAGCUCCGUGUGACGGACAGCGAAGGGGAGAUCCAAGGAACACCAACUUCCUGUAACCAGGGUCAGCCCACCCAGUACCAAGUCGUUGUGUCUGGAAAUACAGGGAUCAAGUGGCGGAGGAAGCAACAGAAUGUGACAGUAAGUUUAUUAUUUUGGCUUAUAAUGUGUCAAUUAUGGCACACCUUGUAUCUGUCAUUAUUAUCUGAAUAUCGUCUGAUAUUUUGUUUAUCAAGAGAUAAAAACAUUUAAUGUUCAUCUAUUUCUCAGAAUGCAUGGACUGCCAAAGAGAAUAAAAAAUACCCAAAGUACAAAACCAACAUCAACGGGAAGAACAAACCAGCUCAAGGCGUUUCGAACGACUGGAAAACCUUCUCCGAUUUCCAUGAGAUCACACACAUCAACAUCAAGGGCUCCACAGUGACUGUCCACAAGCAAGACAACACAAAGAUGGUGGAGUUUCGUUGUUUGAAGUUUCAGGGGAAACUUAUUUAGCAAAAAUGUUUAAUAAUAUCUGAAUGAGCAAUCUUGAAUGAGGCUAAGUUCCAUUGCUUUACAUUACGUCUGUGUGUUCUUUUGUACCCAUUUUUUUACAUUGGACAUUCACCUUCAUUGUCGUUUGUUGUCACACCAUUUCCACCAUAGGAACUGAGCCUGGGUUUCCACGCAGAGGCGUUGUCUUUUGCCACCCUCAUUGAUGGAUACUUCCGUCUGACUGUGGACGCACAUCACUUCCUGUGUACAGAUGUGGCCCCCCCCUCUGUGGUGCGGAACCUGCAGGAAGGCUGUCAUGGUCCAAUCAGGUGAGUUUAAGUAUCCCCAAUCAGUUGUCAUUGGAUAGAGAACAUGUAAAUAUUAGUACAAUACAAAAAAUGUAGUAAUACAGUCAAUUUGUUUCGAUUAUACAGAUAUUUGUGUCAAUGAUACAAUAAUACUUCAAUACUAGUGUAGAACUGAGUUGAUCCACCCCUUUUGGCCCCUCCCCUUCCAGCAUGGACUACACCUCCCACAAGCUGCGUCAGGAGGGCGAGGUGGAGGGAACGUACGUGCUGCGCUGGAGCUGCAUCGACUAUGACCACAUCCUCCUGACUGUCACAUGCAACGAGGUACAGUACCACAACCACCACCUGCCUCACCCACAGUCAUGUAGACAUGUAUACAGACACUCUCCUUUUAAGACAGUCGUACAUUUGAAAAAUGUUUGUGAGGAUUUAUCUCUUUUGAAAACAUGGCCGGGCUAUCUUGUUAGCGACCCUAUCUUGUUUGUCACCAUUAUUUGUCUGAACUGAAUUGUGACAAUUUGUGGCUGUAUAAAGGCUGUGUGAAUAAAUUGACUGAUUUAUUGCACUCUAACCUCUUUCUCCUACUCUUGGCUCUCCUGUUGUAGGUGGACCUGACCGAUAGACAUCCGUACCGUAGCUUUAAGAUCAAGGUAGGGCCGGAGGGCUACAGCCUGAACGGUACGGACCUGAGGCAGCCCUCCCUCAGGGAGCUGAUUGAACAGCUGAGGGGCCAGACUCUCAGGACAGACAGAAUCACCUUCCAGCUCCGCAAGGCCUGCCCUCCCCAGCCCAGAGGUACGGUAUGAUACCCUUCCCCAAAACUAUCACCACGGCAACUAAUUCCUUACCAUACAGGCAUUGGCACCUUAUACACCAGGGGGCCUCAUUUAUAAACGUUGCGUACACACACAAUUUGCCCCGAAACAUGCAUGCGCCAGUUUUCACGCAAAAGUUGGCUUUUAUAAAAACUGAACUUGUAGCCUAGUAGCCUUGUAGCCUUGUAGCCUUGUAGCCUAGUAGCCUUGUAGCCUAGUAGCCUAGUAGCCUUGUAGCCUAGUAUCCUAGUAGCCUUGUAGCCUAGUCGCCUAGUAGCCUUGUAGCCUAGUAGCCUAGUAGCCUUGUAGCCUAGUAUCCUUGUAGCCUAGUAGCCUUGUAGCCUAGUAGCCUUGUCGACUAGUAGCCUAGUAGCCUAGUAGCCUUGUAGCCUUGUAGCCUUGUAGCCUUGUAGCCUAGUAGCCUUGUAGCCUAGUAUCCUUGUAGCCUAGUAGCCUUGUAGCCUAGUAGCCUUGUCGACUAGUAGCCUAGUAGCCUAGUAGCCUUGUAGCCUAGUAGCCUUGUAGCCUAGUAUCCUUGUAGCCUAGUAUUCUUGUAGCCUAGUAGCCUUGUAGCCUAGUAUCCUUGUAGCCUAGUAGCCUUGUAGCCUUGUAGCCUAGGAGCCUAGUAGCCUUGUAGCCUUGUAGCCUUGUAGUCUAGUAGCCUUGUAGCCUAGUAGCCUUGUAGCCUAGGAGCCUAGUAGCCUUGUAGCCUAGUAGCCUUGUAGCCUAGUAUCCUUGUAGCCUAGUAGCCUUGUAGCCUUGUAGCCUAGGAGCCUAGUAGCCUAGUAGCCUUGUAGCCUAGUAGCCUUGUAGCCUAGUAUCCUUGUAGCCUAGUAGCCUUGUAGCCUUGUAGCCUAGGAGCCUAGUAGCCUAGUAGCCUUGUAGCCUAGGAGCCUAGUAGCCUUGUAGCCUAGUAGCCUAGUAGCCUUGUAGCCUAGUAGCCUUGUAUACUUGUAGCCUAGUAGCCUUGUAGCCUAAUGGAGAAUAUAAUGAAACUCUUUUCAUAAAAAAACAGGUAGCUAAAUAUAAUAACAUGAUGCAACCAUUUGCUGUUAGUGACAAGAGCAAAAAUCAAUUUAGGCCUAUUUUAUCUUUGCACGCUAAAAUAAUUUGAAAAUAGGCAUAUAUUUCCUAUUAUUUAUUUCAUUUCCAUGAUCAUUACAGAAUAAAUUCCUCACCUUUUCUGAUUGUGAUGGUUUCAUAGGCUACUCGCGAAAUAGCCUCCAGGCUUACAACAAGCUAGGAUCUGAUCCGAAGCGCAGUUUAACGGUAGAACAGACGUUUGUAGGCUACGUUUGAAUACUGUAAUGUUAAUAUUUAAUUUAUAAACAUAAUACAUAAUACACUACACUGAGUGUACAACAAAUUAAGAACACCUGCUCUUUCCAUGACGUAGACUGACCAGGUGAAUCCAGGUGAAAGCUAUGAUACCUUACUGAUGUCACCUUACUUCAGUCAGUGUAGAUGAAGGGGAGGAGACGGGUUAAAGAAGGAUUUUUAAACCUUGAGACAAUUGAGACAUGGAUUGUGUAUGUGUGCCAUUCAGAGGGUGAAUGGGCAAGACAAGAGAUUUAAGUGCCUUUGAACAGGGUAUGGUAGAAGGUGCCAGGUGCACCAAUUUGAGGGUGUCAAGAACUGCAACGCUGCUGGGGUUUUCCACGCUCAACAGUUUGUAUCAAGAAUGGUCCACCACCCAAAGGACAUCCAGCCAACUUGACACAAUUGUGGAAAGCAUUGGAGUUCAAAUGGACCAGCAUCCCUGUGGAAUGCUUUCAACACCUUAUAGUCCAUGCCCCGAUGAAUUGAGAAUGUUCUGAGGGCAAAACGUGUGCAACUCAAUAUUAGGAAGGUGUUCCUAAUGUUUUGUGCACUCUGUGUAUAUCAUAACCAUUGCAGAAUAAAUUCCUCACGAAUUCCUAUGAUGAGUUCAUAUUCCCGAAGUAAUCAUACAACAAAUUGCCAUGCGCAUCUCUCAUUUAAUUGGGCCAAGACUAUUAUAAUUUCACGUUUUUGCUCUAUGCGUCCGACAGGGAGUGUAGUUUAUAACAUACAGUAGAAUUUAACAGGUGAACAGACAGUUGAUCUUUUGCAUUGAAGUGUGUAGGCUACCACUGUAAGUAGGCCUACUGUAGUUUUCAUCAGAGUAGAUAAUGUUUCAGAAUUCACGGGCAGUGCAGCAUAUUUAGAUUCCGGAAAAAGUGAAUGCAAAAAACAUUAUUGCGUUCAAACGAUCAGUUUACAGGUCCACAACAAUUUGCAAUUGUUUUUGUCUUUCAGAAACGGUCAGAUACAGCAAAUGAAUUUCAACCACAAAGACCAGGGAGGUUUUCAAUGCCUCGCAAAGAAGGGCACCGAUUGGUAGAUAUGUAAAAAUAGAAAAGCAUGGUGAAGUUAUUAAUUAGGCUUUGGAUGGUGUAUCAAUACACCCAGUCACUACAAAGAUACAGGCGUCCUUCCUAACUCAGUUGCCGAAGAGGAAGGAAGCUGCUCAGGGAUUUCACCAUGAGGCCAAUGGUGAUUUUGAAACCGUUAUAGAGUUUAAUGGUUGUGGUAUGAGUACUGAGGCUAGAUCAACAACAUUGUAGUUACGCCACAAUACUACCCAAAAUGACAGAGUAAAAGAAGGAAGCCUGUACAGAAUACAAAUAUUUGAAAACAUGCAUCCUGUUUGCAACAAGGCACUUAAUUAAUACUGAAAAACAUGUGGGAAAGAAAUUAACUUUUUGUCCUGAAUACAAAGCGUUAUGUUUGGGGCAAAUCCAACACAACACAUCACUGAGUACCGCUCUUCAUAUUUUAAAACUUGUUGUUGGCUGCAUCAUGUUAUGGGUAUGUCAAAUCAAAUCAAAUCACAUUGUAUUUGUCACAUGUGCCGAAUACAACAGGUGUAGUCCUUACAGUGAAAUGCUUACUUACAAGCCCUUAACCAACAAUGCAAUUUUAAGAAAGAAUAAAAAAAAAAAAAAAAUGAAAUAACCAAAUAAUAAGAAAUAAAAGUAACAAAUAAUUAAAUAGCAGCAGUAAAAUAACAGUAGCGAGGCUAUAUACAGGGGGUACUGUUACUGAGUCAAUGUGCGGGGGCACAGGUUAGUCGAGGUAAUUGAGGUAAUAUAUACAUGUCGGUAGAGUUAUUAAAGUGACUAUGCAUAGAUAAUAAACAGAGAGUAGCAGCAGCGUAAAAGAGGGGGGGCAAUGCAAAUAGUCUGGGUAGCCAUUUGAUUAGCUGUUCAGGGGUCUUAUGGCUUGGGGUUAGAAGCUGUUUAGAAGCCUCUUGGACCUAGACUUGGCGCUCUGGUACCUCUUGCCGUGCGGUAGCAGAGAGAACAGUGUAUGACUAGGGUGGCUGGAGUCUUUGACAAUUUUUAGGGCCUUCCUCUGACACCGCCUGGUAUAGAGGUCCUGGAUGGCAGGAAGCUUGGCCCCAGUGAUGUACUGGGCCGUACGCACUACCCUCUGUAGUGCCUUGCGGUCGGAGGCCGAGCAGUUUCCAUACAAUGCAGUGAUGCAACCAGUCAGGAUGCUCUCGAUGGUGCAGCUGUAGAACCUUUUGAGGAUCUGAGGACCCAUGCCAAAUCUUUUCAGUCUCCUUAGGGGGAAUAGGUUUUGUCGUGCCCUCUUCGCGACUGUCUUGGUGUGCUUGGACCAUGUUAGUUUGUUGGUGAUGUGGACACCAAGGAACUUGAAGCUCUCAACCUGCUCCACUACAGCCCUGUCGAUGAGAAUGGGGGCGUGUUCGGUCCUCUUCUUUUUCCCGUAGUCCACAAUCAUCUCCUUUGUCUUGAUCACGUUGAGGGAGAGGUUGUUGUCCUGGCACCACACGGCCAGGUCUCUGACCUCCUCCCUAUAGGCUGUCUUGUCGUUGUCGGUGAACAGGCCUACCACUGUUGUGUCAUCGGCAAACUUUAUGAUGGUGUUGGAGUCGUGCCUGGCCAUGCAGUCAUGAGUGAACAGGGAGUACAGGAGGGGACUGAGCACGAACCCCUGAGGGGCCCCUGUGUUGAGGAUCAGCGUGGUGGAUGUGUUGUUACCUAACCUUACCACCUGGGGGUGGCCCGUCAGGAAGUCCAGGAUACAGUUGCAGAGGGAGGUGUUUAGUCCCAGGGUCCUUAGCUUAGUGAUGAGCUUUGAGGGCACUAUGGUGUUGAACGCUGAGCUGUAGUCAAUGAAUAGCAUUCUCACAUAGGUGUUCCUUUUGUCCAGAUGUGAAAGGGCAGUAUGGAGCGCAAUAGAGAUUGCAUCAUCUGUGGAUCUGUUGGGGCGGUAUGCAAAUUGGAGUGGGUCUAGGGUUUCUGGGAUAAUGGUGUAGAUGUGAGCCAUGACCAGCCUUUCAAAUAAAUUCAUGGCUACAGACAUGAGUGUUACGGGUCGGUAGUCAUUUAGGCAGGUUACCUUAGUGUUCUUGGGCACAGGAACUAUGGUGGUCUGCUUGAAACAAUAUUACAGACUCCGACAGGGAGAGGUUGAAAAUGUCAGUGAAGACACUUGCCAGUUGGUCAGCGCAUGCUCGGAGUACACGUCCUGGUAAUCCGUCUGGCCCUGCGGCCUUGUGAAUGUUGACCUGUUUAAAGGUCUUACUCACAUCGGCUACGGAGAGCGUGAUCACACAGUCAUCCGGAACAGCUGAUGCUCUUAAUACAUGUUUCAGUGUUACUUAACUCGAAGCGAGCAUAGAAGUAAUUUAGCUCGUCUGGUAGGCUCGUGUCACUGGGCAGCUCGUGGCUGUGCUUCCCUUUGUAGUCUGUAAUAGUGUGCAAGCCCUGCCACAUCCGACGAGCGUCGGAGCCAGUGUAGUACGAUUCGAUCUUAGUCCUGUAUUGACGCCUUGCCUGUUUGAUGGUUCGUUGGAGGGCGUAGCUGGAUUUCUUAUAAGCUUCCGGGUUAGAGUCCUGCUCCUUGAAAGCGGCAGCUCUACCCUUUAGCUCAGUGCGGAUGUUGCCUGUAAUCCAUGGCUUCUGGUUGGGGUAUGUACGUACAGUCACUGUGGGGACGACGUCAUCGAUGCACUUAUUGAUGAAGCCAGUGACUGAUGUGGUGUAUUCGUCAAUGGCAAGGACUAGUGAGCUUUUUAGGAUAAAAAGAAACGGAAUACAGCUAUAAGCACAGGCAACGUCUUAGAGGACAACCUGGUUCAGUCUGCUUUCCACCAGACACUGGGAGACAAAUACACCUUACAGCAGGACAAUAACCUAAACCACAAGGCCAAAUAUACACUGGAGUUCCUUACCAAGACGACAUGGAAUGUACCUGAGUGGCCUAGUUACAGUUUUGACUUAAAACGGCUUGAAAAUCUAUGGCAAGACUUGAAAAUGGUUGUCUAGCAAUGAUCAACAAUCAACUUGACAGAGCUUGAAGGAUUUUAAAAAGGAUAAUGGGCAAAUAUUGUACAAUCCAGGUGUGAAAAGCUAUUAGAGACUUACCCAAAAAGACUCACAGCUGUAAUCACCACCAAUGCUGCUUAUACAAAGUAUUGACUUAGGGGUGUGAAUACUUGUGUAAAUGAGAUAUUUCUGUAUUUCAUUUUCAAUAAAGUUGCAAAAAUGUCUAAAAACAUGUUUUCACUUAUCAUUAUGGGGUAUUGUGUGUAGAUGGGUAAGAAAAAAAUAUAUUUAUUGCCAUUUUGAAUUCAGGCUGUAACACAACAAAAUGUGGAAUAAGUCAAGGGGUAUGAAUACUUUCUGAAGGCACUGUAUGACGAGUGGCAAGUUUAUAAAACUUAAUAUUUUUCAGAAGUGGUGCGCGCAGAUAUUUAGUGUUAAAUUUACACAACGGUUAUAAAUGAGGCCCCUGACCUGGACGAGUUCUUGUGUUGUGUUAUACCUAUAUCAAACAGGAAAUGUUGCUCAGUAACAGUGGUUUUCUCUGUCCCUCUAAAGUGAGAAGAGGUGACGUGUUUGGUGUGCGUGUUUUGUUUCCUAUUUCAGUUUCCUAUUUCAGUUUCCUAUUUCAGCUUUCAGGUUUUUCAUUAUUAUUUUAUAUAUUUUUUAGAAAUCUCUAACCUUCUGCUUGUGACAAAGAGAGAGGCGGAGCCGACACACCCCAUACAGAGUCAACUCAUCUUCCACAGGAUCCUCAAAGAGGACAUAUUGCAGGUGUGUGUGUGUGUGUGUGUGUGUGUGUGUGUGUGUGUGUGUGUGUGUGUGUGUGUGUGUGUGUGUGCGUGCGUGCGUGCUUAUAUGCGUGUGUAUGUAUGUAUGUGCACGUGUGUUUGCAUGCUAGGCUUCACUAUGUGUGUGUACGGUAUGUUCGUGUGUACGGUAUGUUCGUGUGUACGGUAUGUUCGUGUGUACGGUAUGUUCGUGUGUACGGUAUGUUCGUGUGCGCAGGAUGCCCUACACUGGCAAUACUGCCUUUUCAUUCAUUUGUUCGACAUCUACAGAUAUGCUUUUCUGUCCAUAACCAAGUCUGUGUCUAUCUAGGAGGAGCACUUGGGCUGUGGCACCAGAACUAACAUCUAUGCUGGGAAAUUGAAGAUAAAGAGUGAGGAAGAGACGGAUGUGUGGGGUUCCCAAACCCACCACCAGGUCAAAGUGGUCCUGAAAGUGCUAGGGUCCCAACACAGGGACAUCUCUAUGGUGAGAACACACACGAGCACACCCACACACGUUCUGUAUAAAUAUAAGGGGCUUUAUUAAUACGUUUGAUUGACAUACACACAGUGGUGUAAAGUACUUAAGUAGUUUUUUGGGGUAUUUGUACUUUACUAUUUCCAGUUGAAGUCGGAAGUUUACAUACACUUAGGUUGGAGUCAUUAAAACUCGUUUUUCAACCACUCCACAACUUCUUGUUCACAAACUGUAGUUUUGGCAAGUCGGUUAGGACAUGUACUUUGUUCAUGACACAAGUAAUUUUUCCAACAAUUGUUUACAGACAGAUUAUUUCACUUAUAAUUCACUGUAUCACAAUUCCAGUGGGUCAGAAGUUUACAUACACUAAGUUGACUGUGCCUUUAAACAGCUUGGAAAAUUCCAGAAAAUGAUGUCAUGGCUUUAGAACAGGGGUGUCCAACUCAUUUUAGCUCAGGGGCCACAUGGAGGAAAAUCUAUUCCCAAGUGGGCCGGACCGGAAAAAUCAUGGUAUAUAUAACUUAAAAACAACAACUUCAGAUUGUUUUCUUUGUUUUAAUACGAUCAACAUACAACAUAAAGCUGGAGCCUGAGGACAGUGUGUCCAAAAUAGUACAAGCACAACAUCACUAUUAAUCAUAAAACACGUCAAGUUUAUUUGAAAAUUCUAAAGAAAAAGAACACACAAACACACAAUGCCUCAGUGAUUAACAGAACUGUUUCACAGAUCACAGAACUAUAUCAGGGUGUCAUUUCUCAGGCAGAAAUGUAGAUAAAAAUAAUGAAAUCCUGUUCCCCAAACAAGUGCAAGAACCACAGAGUCAAGAAUAGGUUAAAUAUACAAAUAAAAUAAAAUCAAUUAAAAACAAUAGCACAUCAACAUAAAAACAUAUAAACAUAAAGCUGGAGCCUGAGGACAGUGUCCAAAAGCACAACAUCACUAUUAAUCAUAAAACACCUCAAGUUAUUUGAAAGUUCUGAGGACAAAGAACACACAAACACACAAUGCCUCAGUGAUUCACAGAAGUAUAUCACAGAUCACAGAACUAUAUCAGGGUGUCAUUUCUCAGGCAGAAAUGUAGAUAAAAAUAAUGAAAUCCUGUUCCCCAAACAAGUGCAAGAACCACAGAGUCAAGAAUAGGUUAAAUAUACAAAUAAAAUAAAAUCAAUUAAAAACAAUAGCACAUCAACAUAAAAACAUAUAAACAUAAAGCUGGAGCCUGAGGACAGUGUCCAAAAGCACAACAUCACUAUUAAUCAUAAAACACCUAAAGUUAUUUGAAAGUUCUGAGGACAAAGAACACACAAACACACAAUGCCUCAGUGAUUCACAGAAGUAUAUCACAGAUCACAGAACUAUAUCAGGGUGUCAUUUCUCAGGCAGAAAUGUAGAUAAAAAUAAUGAAAUCCUGUUCCCCAAACAAGUGCAAGAACCACAGAGUCAAGAAUAGGUUAAAUAUACAAAUAAAAUAAAAUCAAUUAAAAACAAUAGCACAUCAACAUAAAAACAUAUAAACAUAAAUCUGAAAGCGUUGCUCAAACUCCCGUAACAGUCCCGUUAUUUUAUCUUUGAACCGCUUCAUGUCUGCCACAUGUUGGGUCGCGCACACAUUUUUCAGACAGGGGAAGUGAGCUGCAUCACCACCGGCAAGUUGCGUCUCCCACAAUGACAGCUUCAACUUGAAAGAACGUAUGCUGUCAUAAUACUGCGUGACAACUUUGUUGCGCCCUUGCAGCUGUUUGUUCAAGUUAUUCAGGUGCUCAGUAACAUCCACCAUAAAUGCAAGGUCCGGCAUCCAUUCUGCGUAAUGAAAUUCUAACACUGGUUUGCCCUUUUCUUCCAUGAACUGUUCAAUUUCUUCUCGUAAAUCAAAGAAACGCCUCAGCACAGCACCUCGGCUUAACCAUCUUACCUCAGUGUGGUAUGGCAGGCCAUAGAUGUGGUCUUUCUCUCUGAGAAGGCUGUCAAACUGACGGUGAUUCAGGCUUCUAAAUCGGAUGAAAUUAACAGUUUGGAUGACCACCUUCAUGACGUUAUCCAUCUUUAAUGACUUGCAACACAAAGCCUCCUGGUGCAAAAUACAGUGAAAAGUCAAAAAAUCACGUCCUCCAUUUGCAGAUUGCACUUUCUCUCUGAACUUUGUCACAACGCCUGCUUUUUUUCCCGAUCAUUGAGGGCGCACCAUCUGUAGCCAGGCUGACAGCGCGGGACCAGUCCACUCCGACCCUGUCCAGUGCGCCGACGAGUGCGGUAAAAAUAUCAGCUGCUGUCGUUGUAUCUGUCAUCGGCACCAACUCCACAAACUCCUCGGUGACGGUCAAUGUGUCAUCAACUCCGCGGAUGAAAAAAUGGCCAGUUGUGCAACAUCUGUAAUGUCCGUGCUUUCAUCAAUUGCAACCGAAAACGCAAUAAAUGACUUUACUUUUUGCUUCAACUGGCUGUCCAAAUCCACUGAAAGAUCGGAAAUCCUGUCUGCAACUGUGUUUCUUGUCAGGCUGAUAUUUGCAAAAGCCUGCCGCUUUUCAGGGCACACAAUCUCCGCUGCCUUCAUCAUGCAUGUUUUUACAAAUUCACCCUCACUAAAUGGUUUUGAAGCCACUGCGAUUUCAUUAGCAAUGAGGUAGCUAGCUUUCACUGCAGCGUCACUGAUGUCUCGGCUGUGAGUAAACACAGACUGCUGUUUCUUCAGACCCGCCAACAGUUCAUUCACCUUCUCUCAUCUCCGCUGUCCUUGAAAGUUGUCAUAUUUGUCGGCAUGAAGACUCACAUAGUGGCGACGAAGGUUAUAUUCUUUCAGCACUGCAACAUGCUCUGAACACACCAAACAUACAGCUUUCCCAUUCAAUUCCGUGAUUAAAUAGGAUGACAAUUUUUCUUGGAACACUCUGCACUCUGCGUCCACUUUUCUCUUUUUUGACAGAGACAUAUUGGGGCAAUGAGGGUGCCAAAGCACAUAAUGUUAAAAGUAGAAGCCGUAAUAAAUAUCGCGGGCAAAACAAAGUAGCUCAUUGGCUGCACGUGCUUGACCUACUUGCUCUGCCCCGGUAUAAACAGUUUGCUUGCUUAACACAAUUGCUAUUGCGCCAUCCAGUGGACGCAAUUGGAACAGCAGUUUAUUUUAUUGAAAAAUUGCAGCGCAUUUUUAUACUUUACAAAAAUAUUAUUAUUAUUAUUAUAUAUAUAUAUUUUUUUUAAUCAUCUCGCGGGCCGGAUUAAACCCGUUUGCGGGCCUGAUCCGGCCCGCGGGCCGUACGUUUGACACCCCUGCUUUAGAAGCUUCUGAUAGGCUAAUUGACAUCAUUUGAGUCAAUUGGAGGUGUACCUGUGGAUGUAUUUCAAGGCCUACCUUCAAACACAGUGCCUCUUUACUUGACAUCAUGGGAAAAUCAAAAGAAAUCAGCCAAGAAUUGUAGACCUCCACAAGUCUGGUUCAUCCUUGGGAGCAAUUUCCAAACGCCUGAAGGUACCACGUUCACCUGUGCAAACAAUAGUAUGCAAGUAUAAACACCAUGGGACCACGCAGCCGUCAUAACGCUCAGGAAGGAGACGUGUUCUGUCUCCUAGAGAUUAACGUACUUUGGUGCGAAAAGUGCAAAUCAAUCCCAGAACAACAGCAAAGGACCUUGUGAAGAUGCUGGAGGAAACCGGUACAAAAGUAUCUAUAUCCACAGUAAAACAAGUCCUAUAUCGACAUAACCUGAAAGGCCGCUCAGCAAGGAAGAAGCCACUGCUCCAAAACCGCCAUAAAAAAGCCAGACUACGGUUUGCAGCUGCACAUGGGGAGAAAGAUUGUACCUUUUGGAGAAAUGUCCUCUGGUCUGAAGAAACAAAAAUAGAACUGUUUGGCCAUAAUGACCAUCGUUAUGUUUGGAGGAAAAAGGGGGUCCCUUGCAAGCCGAAGAACACCAUCCCAAACGUGAAGCACGGGGGUGGCAGCAUUAUGCUGUGGGGGUGCUUUGCUGCAGGAGGGUCUGGUGCACUUCACAAAAUAGAUGGCAUCAUGAGGAAGGAAAAUUAUGUGGAUAUAUUGAAGCAACAUCUCAAGACAUCAGUCAGGAAGUUAAAGCUUGGUCGCAAAUGUGUCUUCCAAAUGGACAAUGACCCCAAGCAUACUUCCAAAGUUGUGGCAAAAUGGCUUAAGGACAACAAAGUCAAGGUAUUGGAGUGGCCAUCACAAAGCCCUGACCUCAAUCCUAUAGAAAAUGUGUGGGCAGAACUGAAUAAGCGUGUGUGAGCAAGGAGGCCUACAAACCUGACUCAGUUACACCAGCUCUGUCAGGAGGAAUGGGCCAAAAUUCACCCAACUUAUUGUGGGAAGCUUGUGGAAGGCUACCCGAAAUGUUUGACCCAAGUUAAACAAUUUAAAGGCAAUGCUACCAAAUACUAAUUGAGUGUAUGUAAACUUCUGACCCACUGGGAAUGUGAUGAAAUAAAUAAAAGCUGAAAUAAAUCAUUCUCUCUACAAUUAUUCUGACAUUUCACAUUCUUAAAAUAAAGUAGGGAUCCUAACUGACCUAAGACAGGGAAUGUUUACUAGGAUUAAAUGUCAGGAAUUGUGAAAAACUGAGUUUAAAUGUAUUUGGCUAAGGUGUAUGUAAACUUCCGACUUCAACUGUAUAUUUUUAACAAAUUUUACUUUCACUACCUUCCUAAAGAAAGAAUCUCUUUUUACUCCCAUACAUUUUCUCUGACACCCAAAAGUACUCGUUACAUUUAGAAUGCUUAGGCAGGACAGCAGUAUGGUCCAAUUCACGCACAUAUCAAUAUAACGCGUUGUCAUCCCUACUGCCUCUGAUCUGGCGGACUCACUAAACACAAAUACUGAGUUUGUAAGUGUCUGAGUGUUGGAGUGUGCCCCUGUCUGUCCGAAAAGAAAAAGAAAAAAAGAAAAUUGUGCCAUCUGGUUGGCUUAAUAUAAGGAAUUUAAUGUAUAGCAUUUACUUUAACUUUUACUCAAGUAGGACAGUUGAGAACUUUUUCCACCACUGUACUUGAGUACAUUUAAAACCAGACACUUUUAGACUUUUACUCAAGUAGUAUUUUACUAGCAACGGUCAUCAAAAUUGUUUAAACAAAAGUUUUAAAAGAUCAUUCAAUCAUCAAUGGAUGAAGAUACUCUAAACAUGUAUCAUUUUUUAAAAAUCCAACAGAUAUUGAUUGAAUUAUAGGACAUAAAACAUUUUACUGGCAUGGACAAAUAAUGAAUGGAGUUCAGGGAAUUUGGUGGGAAUUCAGGUAUUCAAUUUAUUGUAAAAUUUCACUUAAAUUUUCUUGGAAUGCACUCAUAUAUAUAUAUACUCUUUCUAAUGGUAUCAAGUAUUUUGUAAAUAUUUUGUGUUAAGAUAAAGAAAAUGUUAUGUGCAGCAUUUGCAUAAAUACACUGGGUCUAUUUGCAUAUAUGAAUUAUUAACAUAAAGGGGUGGAACAGGGCUGCAACCACCAAAAACGUACUCUGUCUAGGUCUAUCUGUACUCACCCGCGGUGUCUAGACUGCCUCAUGAAUUACUGUUGUUGUCACGUUUUGUUGCAUAAUUCAAAAAGUGUGUCAAUAGCAGGAUAACCUCGUAUUAAAAAUCAACAGGCUUGGCUCUAGAUUACAUUUAAGUAAUAAGGCCCGAGGGGGUGUGGUGUAUAUGGCCAAUAUACCACGGCUAAGGGCUGUUCUUAUGCACAAUGCAACGCGGAGUGUCUGGAUACAGCCCUUAGCCGUGGUAUAUUGGCCAUAUAUCACAAACCCCUGAGAUGCCUUAUUGCUAUUAUAAACUGGUUACCAACACAAUUAGAGCAGUAAAAAUAAAUGUUUUGUCAUACCCAUGGUAUACGGUCUGAUAUACCACGGCUUUCAGCCAAUCAGCAUUCUGGGGUCGAACCACCCUCUUGCCUCUAGCUGAUAUAAGGUGUAAUCAUUAGUCCAACAGUUGCAAACAAAAGUUACUAUUGGACAAAUUCAGGUAUGUUUAUCCCCGUUUUGUUCUGUUUGUUUCCAUUGAAGAAAUGCUUUUCAACAGAAUCGUCGGAAUGAAUACACCCCUGAUCAUGCGUAAACACAGUUUACUUUCAUAGUAGCCACGUUGUAUUCCUUCUCGCAUCUAUGCGCUCUCCUUCAACUUUUCCCUUCGCUUAUGGACUUCAAUGCACAACACAUCAGCUGUAUGUGACCAGGCGAAAAAACCCUUCCAAGCCAAACCAUAUCAUAACCGCUACACACAGCCUACAUCGUUGUCCCUAUAUUAGCUAAAAUAACGUCAUAGUUUAUUUAUAAUUUAUUUUACCUUUAUUUAACUAGGCAAGUCAGUUAAGAAAAAAAUCUUAUUUACAAUGAAGGCCUACACCGGCCAAACCCGGACGACGCUGGGCCAAUUGUGCGCCGCCCUAUGGGACUCCCAAUCAUGGCCGGUUGUGAUACAGCCUGGAAUCGAACCAGUGGGUCUGUAGUGACGCCUCAAGCACUAAGAUGCAGUGCCUUAGACCAAUGCGCCACUCGGGAGCCCAGUCAACAUGGCUAAUAGAACUAACACGUUAGUAAACCCGCCACAAUCACGCAGUAAUGUUACAUUGUAUAGUCAGUAAGCAGUUAGACCGGCGGGCCCCGGUGGCAAUAAAUUUCUAAAACCAAAAGCUUACCUUGACUUGGAAGAGUUCCAGUGUUGUGUUGGAUAGUCAUAGCCAGCUAGCUAACAUAGCAUCCCUCUGUUUGAGCAUGGUGUUUGAGUAGGCUUAACUAGAUACCUGCAUUUGCUAGCUGUGUCUCUCUCGCUUGUCCUGUUCAACUAUUGUCUUUCUCUCUUUGUGAGUCAGCUACUCACCACAUUUUAUGCACUGCAGUGCUAGCUAGCUGUAGCUUAUGCUUUCAGUACUAGAUUCAUUCUCUGAUCCUUUGAUUGGGUGGACAACAUGUCAGUUCAUGCUGCAAGAGCUCUGAUAGGAUGGAGGACGUCGUCCAGAAGUUGUCAUAAUUACUGUAUUGAAGUCAAUGUACCCAGAGGAGGACGGAAGAUAGCUGUCCUCCAGCUACACCAUGGUGCUAUUAUUUGGUGACGUGAUUAUAUUUAGUAUUGUUUUAUCUAAAAAGGAUAACUUUUUUAAUGUUUAAAAAUAUAUAUUUUUAUGAAAUUCACUGAGCAAGAGUAUGAAAGAGUAAAAUGAAAGAAAUCAAUCCAGCGAGGGCCCACCCCUCAACCACAGGAAAUAGAUGGCUGAAAAAGAUAGAGGGCGGGCCAUGCGCAUUGCUAAUUUUACUGGGUGACUUUCACUUUUACUUGAGUGAUUUUCUAUUAAGGUAUCUUUUACUUACUCAAGUAUGACAAUUUAGUACUUUUUCAACCACUGCACACACACACAAUUCCUCCCUCCAUUACCCCUGUCUGACCUUGUGAUUGCUUUCUUUGACCUUUUGACUCUGAUGUUUAACACUGACCUCUUUCCGUUAGGCUUUCUUUGAGACGGUCAGUAUGAUGCGUCAGGUGUCCCACCAACACAUUGCUCUGCUGCAUGGCGUCUGUGUUCGCAACCAGGACAGUAAGUCAACGUCCACCCUUCCUCUUAUCUUCGUUCUUAAACUGAGACUCAGCGACAUGCCACAAGCCGCAGGACGAACCUAAGUUAUUGUAGAUGAUUGUGAUGUAAGACUAUGUACUCCCACAGAGUAUCUGCUAGAACGUGAUAACUGCAACAUAACAACUAGGGAGAAGUUUAGCCUCGCGCUCUUGGAUGUUGAGGAAGUUGUCCCGAUACUGCUGUUUGCUUUGUGCUUCGCUGAAGUCCUAGACGUAACGACAUAGUGUCUGCAUUUGCAAUAUGGCCGUAUGUUGUGGAAAAUACUUAAUAUCUCUGACAUAAAAAAAUAAAAAAAAUAAUGCAAUUUGCUAGUACUUUUUCAUCUGAAAAUGGGCUAGACUUUUUUUGGGACCUCUAACUGUGUGUGGUCCCUGUUCAGAUAUCAUUGUGGAGGAGCAUGUGAAGCUGGGUCCUCUGGAUGUAUUCAUGCAGGGGCGUCGUCUUCAACUCAGCACCUCCUGGAAGUUCCAGGUGGCCAAACAACUGACCAGAGCCCUCAGCUACCUGGUGAGAAAGGAAGAGGCGCGAGACACAAUCAAUGAUUCACACUAUAGGGCCAAGCCUAGCUGUACUGGGAUGGCCUGGUUACGCAUCCACCAUAGUUAAUGGAACUGUGCUGGAAAGGACAAUGUGCAAGGAAAAUAUCAGAGACAGUCCUGUAUGGUUCAGGUUGGCCCUACAGUAUAAAACAGGCAUAAACAUUUGCCAUGGUAAUAACAUUACAUUCUGUAUUCUUACCAGAAUGAAAGCGUCUUUGGAACUUGGUGCCAACCUGGAGGACACAAGUAGUUUGUUCAAACUUGUACAGAUGCAGUCAAAUAUAUUGGCACCCUUGCACUUUACAAUGGAGUGCAAUGGAGAAUAAUGUUCCGUUUUUUUCUUUUCAAAACUGGUUGAAUGGCUAUUUUUACCACGUAGGCACCUGCAAUUUACCACAGGCAAAAUAAGUUAUACAUUAAACAAGAAUCAUUGCUUCCAAAAAUUAAUUCGAAUUUGGAAUAAUUUAGUCCAGGCCAUUUUUUACGUUGAAGUGAAAGAUCUUAAUUUAAGUUAGAAUUAGUUUUCCUUCUUGGUCCUGUGCAGUUGUCAAUCAAACAUGUGUAAACAAAACAAAAAAUAAAUCUCAACUUAUUUUAAAAGAAAUCAUGCAAGGGUGGCUAUAUAUUUGACCGUAUCUGUAUACGUCAGUGGAGGCUACUGAGGGGAGGACGGCUUAUAAUAAUAGCUGGAACGGAGUGAAUGGAAUUGCAUCAAACACAUGGAAACCAUGGAAACCAUGUGUUUGAUGUAUUUGGUACUAUUCCACUUAUUCCGCCGCUCCAGCCAUUAUCACAAGCCCAUCCUCCCCAAUUAAUGUGCCACAAAACUCCUGUGUUAUAGGUCUAUAUGACUGUGGACAUGACCCUUCCCUGUGUUUCUCUCUCAGGAGGAUAAGAAGCUGGUCCAUGGUUAUGUGUCUGCUAAGAACAUCCUAGUGGAGCGGGAUGGCCUGGAGGGAGAGGCUGGGCCCUUCAUCAAACUCAGUGGCCCUGGGGUCCCCAUCUCCGCACUCAACAGACAAGGUGUGUCUGUGUGUGUGUGUGUGUGUGUGUGUGUGUGUGUGUGUGUGUGUGUGUGUGUGUGUGUGUGUCUAUCUGUUUUUUUUCUCUAGCUGAUGAGGCUGUGUUGUAUUACAGAGUGUGUGGAGAGGAUCCCGUGGAUCGCCCCAGAGUGUGUGGAGAGGAUCCCGUGGAUCGCCCCAGAGUGUGUGGAGAGGAUCCCGUGGAUCGCCCCAGAGUGUGUGGAGAACAGCCAGGCCCUGAGUGUUGCGGUGGAUAAGUGGGGUUUCGGCACCACGCUGUGGGAGAUCUGUUACGAGGGAGAGGCUCCUCUCAAAGACAGGACACUCAUAGAGGUACACCCAUACUUCCCCUCACAACACAAGAGACCUACUAACAUACAGUGAACAACACAAUCUCUUUAUUUUUUUUAUAUUUUUUUUAUUUCACCUUUAUUUAACCAGGUAAGCCAGUUGAGAACAAGUUCUCAUUUACAACUGCGACCUGGCCAAGAUAAAGCAAAGCAGUGCGAUAAAAACAACAACACAGAGUUACAUAUGGGGUAAACAAAACAUAAAGUCAAAAAUACAACAGAAAAUAUAUAUACAGUGUGUGCGAAUGUAGUAAGUUAUGGAGGUAAGGCAAUAAAUAAAUAGGCCAUAGUGCAAAAAUAGUGACAAUUUUGUAAUUAAUAGAUGUGCAAAAGAUUAUGUGCAAAUAGAGAUACUGGGGUGCAAAUUAGCUAAAUAAAUAACAAUAGUAGUUGGAUGGGCUAAUAACAGAUGGGCUGUGUACAGGUACAGUGAUCGGUAAGCUGCUCUGACAACUGACGCUUAAAGUUAGUGAGGGAGAUAAAGAGUCUCCAGCUUCAGAGAUUUUUGCAGUUCGUUCCAGUCAUUGGCAGCAGAGAACUGGAAGGAAUGGUGGCCAAAGGAGGUGUUGGCUUUGGGGAUGACCAGUGAGUUAUACCUGCUGGAGCGCAUACUACGGGUGGGUGUUGCUAUGGUGACCAGUGAGCUAAGAUAAGACAGGGAUUUGCCUAGCAGUGAUUUAUAGAUGACCUGGAGCCAGUUUGUUUGGCGACGAAUAUGUAGUGAGGGCCAGCCAACAAGAGCGUACAGGUCACAGUGGUGGGUAGUGUAUGGGGCUUUGGAGACAAAACGGAUGGCACUGUGAUAGACUACAUCCAAUUUGCUGAGUAGAGUGUUGGAGGCUAUUUUGUAAAUGACAUCGCCAAAGUCAAGGAUCGGUAGGAUAGUCAGUUUUACGAGGGCAUGUUUGGCAGCAUGAGUGAAGGAGGCAUUGUUGCGAAAUAGGAAGCCGAUUCUAGAUCUAACUUUUGAUUGGAGAUGCUUAAUGUGAGUCUGGAAGGAGAGUUUACAGUCUAACCACCCCUAGACUCAAGCAUACAAAACAUUUAUAUAUCCUUUAUUUACCCAGGUGAGAUAUGUCUUUCAGAGGGGAGGUCUUGAGUUAUUUAAUUGAAUACAGCUGUUGUUGUCUAGUUUAUUGACACUGUGAAAAUUCAUACCAUACCACUUAGAUGCAAGGUAUUGGAAUCAAUAUUAGAGCAGAGCCCAAGUCUUGGUCCUUGAUCUGACUCCUCUCUUUCUCUCUGUGAGCAGAAGGAGAUGUUCUACUCGGCCCAGUGUUCCCUGGUGACCCCAGACUUCCCUCAGCUGGGUGAGCUCAUCACCAAAUGCAUGACCUACGACCCCAAGAGGAGGCCCUUCUUCAGGGCCAUCGUCAGGGAUGUCACCGGGUUGGCUGAGCAGAGUAAGAGGACAAAGAGUACUCACCUUCCCUCUGUUUCUGUCUCUGUCACCUUCCCUCUGUUACUCUCUGUCACCUUCCCUCUGUUUCUGUCUCUGUCACCUUCCCUCUGUUUCUCUCUGUCACCUUCCCUCUGUUUCUCUCUGUCACCUUCCCUCUGUCUCUGUCACCUUCCCUCUGUUUCUCUCUGUCACCUUCCCUCUGUUUCUCUCUGUCACCUUCCCUCUGUUUCUCUCUGUCACCUUCCCUCUGUUUCUGUCUCUGUCACCUUCCCUCUGUUACUCUCUGUCACCUUCCCUCUGUUUCUGUCUCUGACACCUUCCCUCUGUUACUCUCUGUCACCUUCCCUCUGUUUCUGUCUCUGUCACCUUCCCUCUGUUUCUGUCUCUGUCACCUUCCCUCUGUUUCUCUCUGUCACCUUCCCUCUGUUUCUCUCUGUCACCUUCCCUCUGUUACUCUCUGUCACCUUCCCUCUGUUUCUGUCUCUGUCACCUUCCCUCUGUUUCUCUCUGUCACCUUCCCUCUGUUUCUGUCUCUGUCACCUUCCCUCUGUUUCUCUCUUCACCUUCCCUCUGUUUCUCUCUGUCACCUUCCCUCUGUUUCUCUCUGUCACCUUCCCUCUGUUUCUCUCUGUCACCUUACCUCUUUCUCUCUGUCACCUUCCCUCUGUUUCUCUCUGUCACCUUCCCUCUGUUUCUCUCUGUCACCUUACCUCUUUCUCUGUCACCUUACCUCUUUCUCUCUGCAACUUCCCUCUUUCUCUCUGUCACCUUCCCUCUGUUUCUCUCUGUCACCUUACCUCUUUCUCUGUCACCUUACCUCUUUCUCUCUGUCACCUUCCCUCUUUCUCUCUGUCACCUUCCCUCUUUCUCUCUGUCACCUUACCUCUUUCUCUCUGUCACCUUCCCUCUUUCUCUCUGUCACCUUCCCUCUUUCUCUCUGUCACCUUCCCUCUGUUUCUCUCUGUCACCUUCCCUCUUUCUCUCUGUCACCUUCCCUCUGUUUCUCUCUGUGUGACCAUCUGUGUCUGUUGUCAUGAUCUCUGUCACGCUCUCUCACAUGCAUGUGUAUGUGCGAACAAGUUUGUGUGUGUGUUUAUAUUAUAGACAAUGUGUGAGUAUAAGUAUUAUAACCCUGCCUCUGUGUGGCCCCUCCCCCAGACCCAGCCCUGCCUCCUGGUAGGGUGCCCAUCCAGGAAGUGGACCCCACCGUGUUUGAGACCAGGUUCCUCAGGAAGAUCAAAGACCUGGGCGAGGUAGGGAAACUCUUAAUACAUAUAGACUUUUGGGGGUGCUUGUCCACAUUAAAGGGGCAAUCUGGUAUUGGUACAUCCAUUGUUGGACUUUUUAAUUAUAGCCAAUGAUUCUUGAAGAGUAUCACUUAUAUAUAUUAUUUCAUUGUUCAUGUGGGGUGUGUGUAUGUGUGCGUGUGUUCCUGUGUGUGUGUGUGUGUGUGUGUGUGUGUGUGUGUGUGUGUGUGUGUGUGUGUGUGUGUGUGUGUGUGUGUGUGUGUGUGUGUGUGUGUGUGUGUGUGUGUGUGUGUGUGUGUGUGUGUGUGUGUGUGUGUGUGUGUGUGUGUGUGUACUAUUCGCAGGGUCACUUUGGCAAGGUGGAGUUGUGUCAGUAUGACCCCCGCGGGGACGGCCGAGGGCAGCUGGUGGCGGUCAAGUCUCUGAAGCCAGAGAGCAGAGGGCAGCUGUGGAGAGAGAUAGAUACCAUGAGGGGGCUCUACCACCACAACAUCGUCAAAUACAGAGGAGUGUGUAGCGAGGAGGGUGAGGAGAGUCACACAUACACACAUGAUUAUAUAGAGUAGACAAACCACACCACACACACACACACACACACACACACACACACACCUCAUCCCAGUGAUGGGGGUUUGUGCUAACACCGUGUUUCUUUGUCUAGGUGGGAGGACCACUAAGCUGAUCAUGGAGUACCUGCCAGCGGGGAGCCUUAAGGAAUAUCUGCCCUGGAGGAAACACCAGACUGACCUCAAGAGACUUCUCCACUACGCCCUCCAGAUCUGCCAGGUAUAGUAGUAUGGAGCUUAAUUAAUGCCAAAAGAAAUUGCAUUUUCAUUUCAUUGUUUUAAUUAGACCCUGUAGCAGGAUUCCCCAACUGGCGGCCCGCGGCCCGAAUUUGGCCCGCGGGUGGUUUUAUUUGGCCCCUCCAGUUUUCGGAGCAAAAAAUAUAUAGUUUUUAUUUUUAUUGGCCAAUAUACCACGGCUAAGGGUUGUAUCCAGGCACUUCGCAUUGCGUCGUGCAUAACAACAGCCCUUAGCCGUGGUAUAUUGGCCAUAUACCACAAACCCUCAAGGUGCCUUAUUGCUUAAUUAUGUUCCGGCCCCCCGACCAUCCGCUCAAGAAAAAAUUGGCCCGCAGCUGAAUCUAGUUGAUGAUCCCUGCCCUAUAGGUAUUUAUGAAUCUACUGCGGUUUGUGAUUAUGGAGAGAGUUGGACAGAAUCUAAACCAUUGCACUCCUUUAAAUGUACUUUCUGCUACUUGGUAACUGUUGCCUAGUACCAAAUGGAAUGUUGUGGUAAAUGUUUUGAUGACUCUCAUAGAAACCACAAGACUGCCAGGUAAAUAGCUAUAAAAGUAUACAAGCUAUAAAAACAAGUGAAAAUGUGUGUGUGUCUCUCUCAGGGAAUGGAUUACUUGGGAUCCCAGCGGUUCAUCCACCGGGAUCUGGCGGCCCGGAACGUUCUGGUGGAGAACGAGAGCACAGUGAAGAUUGGAGACUUUGGCCUGACUAAGAGCAUGAAGGAGGACAAGAGUUACUACACCGUCAAAGAGGAGACCGACAGCCCUGUGUUCUGGUGAGUAAUGUAUAAAUAGAAUGACAAUAGAAUGGCUUGUGGCACCUUAAUUGGGGAGGACGGGCACGUGGUAAUGGCUGGAGCAGAAUGACUGGAAAGGUAUCAACAACAUGGUUUCCAUGGUUUCCACGUGUUUGAUGCCAUUCCAUUCGCUCCGUUCCAGCCAUUGUUAUGAGCCGUCCUCCCCUCAGCAGCCUCCACUGAAUGACAAGAUCAGGUCCUAAAACUUAAUGUGAUAUUUCACUCCCAGAUCAAUGUUAAGGAGAUGAGGUCAGGUGCAUUUAAAAGCCUGGAUCCCAGUCUAUUUCAUUUCUAUUGUUGCUACCAGAGGCAGUUUGGAACUCGGUAAUGAGUGUUGCAGCCGAGGAUUUGUGGUCACUACGCUCUUCAGCACUCGGCGGUCCCGUUCUGUGAGGUUGUGUGGCCUACCACUUCGCAGCUGAGCCGUUGUUGCUCCUAGACAUUUCCACUUCACAAUAACAUCACUUACAGUUGACCGGGGCAGCUCUAGCAGGGCAGAAAUGUGAUGAACUGACUUGUUGGAAAGGUGGCAUCCUAUGACGGUGCCACAUUGAAAGUCACUGAGCUCUUCAGUAAGGCCAUUCUACUGCCAGUGUUUGUCUAUGGAGAUUGCAUGGCUGUGUGCUCAAUUUUAUUCACCUGUCAGCAACGGGUGUGGCUGAAAUAGCCGAAUCCACUAAUUUAUCUUUAUCUGUGAUUGAUCAGAUUCAAUUCUGAUGUUCGCUCCUAUUAUGUUAACAGGGUGGGGCUCAUUCUAUUGACAUUAGCUCACAUGGGCGGCAGGUAGCCUAGCGGUAAAGAGUGUUGAGCCAGUAACUGAGAGGUUGCUGGUUCGAAUCCCCAAGUUGACAAGGUGAAAAAUCUGUCGAUGUACUCUUGAGUCCUUGCUCUGGAUAAGAGUUUCUGCUAAGUGAUUACAAUGUACAUAUUAACCUUGGUCGUGAUCAUUAGGCAGUUGGCACCCAACGGGGAGGAACUACCUGAACUUGUCCAAUAAGAAACGCUGUUUUCGGGUGCAAAACAUUUUGCUACGGUGUGCCCUAACCCUUGUGUUGCCUUGUAGGUAUGCUCCUGAGUGCCUGGUGGACUGUAAGUUUUACCCUGCGUCUGACGUGUGGUCCUUCGGAGUGACCCUGUAUGAGCUGUUGACCUACUGUGAGACAAGCAGCAGCCCUACCACGGUAAAUAACUUUGUCUCUUGUUAACCUCACUAUGAAAAUAUGUUUAUACAAAUUCCUUAAACUUUGCUGAUUUAAAAAAAUAUUAGGGGUCAGACAUGUUAACAUGUAUCUGAUGAGAAGUAUCCUAGUCUUGGCUAAUCAAACUAGCGCCUGUCUGUUUUGGGGUCAAAUCAUUCAGAAGUUCAAUACUCUGAGCUUUUUCCCACAAAGUCUUCACUUUUCCACUUCCCUUCAUGGAUUUUAAAGGAAAUUACUAGAAAUUCCUUCCCCAUGCUUGUACCAAUCCAAUGCUUCUAAGUGCAUGGGAAGAGUGCACAAGUGUAUACUUUGGGAGAAAAGACUGGGGUGUAGGUUGGGACAGAAUUGCGGAGCGUAGGACCAGCGUUUCAUCUGUUUUGGUUUUGAUCAUGUGUUAUGGUUGUUCACAGGUAUUCUUGGAGAUGCUUCGUCCAACCCAGGGUCAGAUGACUCUCACCCGAUUGGUGGAAGUGCUGAUGUCCGGCAGGAGGCUGCCCUGUCCACCUCGCUGCCCAGACGCGGUAAGAGAACUGGGGAAUGAUGUCAUCUGCUCACCAAGGCUGUAGUCGUUCCUUCUCUUUCAUCUGAAAGAUACUACUCUGGGGUGAAGUUUCCCCUAGGUACAGAUCUAGGCUCAGCUUCCCCUCCCCCAAUCAUAACCUUAACCAUGGGGAAACUGACCCAAGAUCAGCGUCUAGGCACAACUUCACCAUACACCAACGAUAAUAGCACCCUUUCUAAAUACAAAAUCAGUAGUGUUCCUCUACAGGUAUAGGAUCUUAAUUUGACCAGUUUCUCACAGCAGGAAAAUAAUCCUAGAGCAACAGGAAAUGUGAAUUAUUUUGUAGGGGUUGAUAAAUUCUUAGUUAGGGCAAAUCAAGUCUGACAUUUUAAAGUGGAAAUUACAAACUUUAGAAGCCUUUUCAAACCUUGAAUUUUCUGCAGGAAAUGUCCUGCAACAACAGGGUGAUCAAAUUAAGAUCCUACACCUAUAUAAAAAAAAACGACCCUCAAUAGGAAUGAGUGGGAAUAGACCAACCUGCACAUCCAAUGGCUUUGAGCAGGUGCUGGGUAUCAAAGUCAAUGUACAUUAGCAUAAAAAGGAAAACUGCAUACACUGGGAUUAACAUGUCUUCCCAGGUGUGUUUAUCAUAACAACGUUUUGACCCUUAGGUCAAUGUUUUGACCUUUCAUCAUAUUCCUUUUUUGCUGCUUCUUGACCAAAGAAGAUCUUUCUAUCUGGUCUCUGAUCUUUGCUCUUCUGUGUGUGUGUGUGUGUGUGUGUGUGUGUGUGUGUGUGUGUGUGUGUGUGUGUGUGUGUGUGUGUGUGUGUGUGUGUGUGUGUGUGUGUGUGUGUGUGUGUGUGUGUGUGUGUGUGUGUGCGCAGGUAUACUCUCUGAUGAGGAGGUGUUGGGAGAGUUCCCCGGAGAACAGGAUUCAGUUCAAAGGCCUGAUCACAGAGCUGGAGCUGCUGCUGAACGAGAUGCAUGGAGGAGAUAGACUGGCUGUCUGA